UCAUGAAUUAUUCACCUGCAUUCACACUUCUUCAAUACGACAAUAUUAAGAACAAUAUGUAUAAUAAAAUGGAAUGGAAAAAUAAUAUGCGACUCGGAUCCACACUCAUGCUUAGCGGGUAUUUCCCGCCUUCGUGCGCGAUUUGCCUGCGAUACGCGCGCGAAUGCGAAAACGGCUUGAAAAUAAUACUAAUCUAUUGAGUAAUUUAGUGGAUUCAAACUGUAGCAGGGAUAUUUUGGUAGGGUUACUUUUAAAAAUAAACUGAAAUUCUACGGCAUUCAUUCUAAGUAACUAUAUGUAAUUGGUCCAAAAAUUUUGAUAAUGAUAAUCUGUUGAAUAUUUUGGCGAUUUAUAGAUAUCAAAUACAUGCUUCAAUGCAUUAAUUCAACAAUACAUUAUGAACAAGUUCGAAUACGAUAUAAUUGCAUGGGAUUCACCGUUAAAACUUGUUUUGAAAAAGCAUCAAAGUAUUUGAAGUUGCCAAACAUAUUCACAUUAUUCAUUCAUAUUAUUCUAUACACAAAGAAGUACUAACUAUCCUCACUAUAUUUUGAAAGUACCUAUAUCAGAAAAUAAACACAUAGCAUGUAAUAUCAUAAGAUCCACUAAAGAAUCAUUCAUCCUGGCAACAUUGAUCUACAGAUGUUAUAAAUGUCUAAACAGUAUGCGCGCCAAGUAGAAAACUACGUUCGAGAAAUGUAUAUAGCCGUUAACAAUGUAUGUAUUAAUUUACCUUGUAAAUGUACGAUAGUUGUCAAAUAAGACUCCAAUUCAAUAAUCUUUCUGUCUACUUAAUACUAGUAUUAAAGCUUUUAGUAUCAACAGCUACAAAUUGAUUAUCUAAUUAAUCCAUUUUUCUCAAUUCUAAAAUAGAUUGUACAUUUAUCUACUUUUUGACAUUUUAAGAUCUUGGUAAGUAUAAUGUACACUUUUUAACGAAUGCAAAAAAAUUAUAUUGAUACAUUUGUACGGGAUGCAAUUGAAUUUACCUGCUCAAUAAAACUUUAUUUCACAGCUGUAUUACAAUUGAUAUCCAAAGAGUAGUUACCAAAAAAAUAAAUUUAGAGAAGAAAAAAUACACAAAAAUUAUUUCCAAUCGUUGAAAGAAGUAGAGGAACACAAACAUUUUUCUAAUACAUAUUACAAUACUGAAUUGUGUACUAAGUAUUAAAAGAAUAAGCAACAAUUCAAAUGUAAAUCUAAACUGAUUAUAAUGCAAACUGAAUUUUUCACCUGCAAAUAUUGUGAAUGUGACUUAACUUCUAAAGAAUAUUUGAAUUACCAUGAAAGAUACUGUAAGUUGAGAAUGGAACGAAAACAUAAGUCAGAUGAGGAUGUUAAAGUUGAUAAAGUAUACAAAUGUACAUAUUGUGAAUAUUCAAGUAAAUUUUCAGGUAAUUUAAAGAAGCAUAUUAGUGGUAAACAUGAGAAACAGAACAAAGGAAUGUUUAAUUGUAAAAUAUGUGGUUAUAAAAGUUACUGGAAAUCAAGUCUUCAACAGCAUUUUAAAAUUCAUGAAGAAAGUAAAUUUGGAUGUGUGAAAUGUAAUAUUAUGUAUAGUCAGAAACAAAAUCUUUAUGAACAUUAUAUACAAAAACAUCCUGAAAAAUAUGCUAAGGUAACAUCUAGAAUACAUCAAUGCAACUAUUGUACUUUUAGAACUGUUUGUAAAAGUAAGUUACAUCAACACAAAUGUCUCAACAUAUUUGAAAAACAAAAACAGAAUAACAAAAAAGUUUCAUGUACUCAUAACAACUAUUCUACUAAUAAGGAAUAAUAUUUUACUGUAUACAUACAAAUUCUUGAUGACAGAAAGAUUCCUCUAAAGAACAUUAUAAAUGUUUUCAAUUAUGUUGAAUAUAACUGCUACAUUUGUUUUUAACAAACCAUAUUAAUCAAUAUCUCAAUUUGUCAGUUAUAAAAUACAAAUACAGAUAAUGCCCUUGUACCACAACACCAAUUCUCGUUUUUUCUUGUAGUUUAUUUUUCUGAAAAUUUGUUUUCAAAAACUAUAAAUGAAAAUUUACUACAUUGUUUUCAGUUGAAUUUUUAUUUGUUUCUGUUGAGAAUUUUAUUUUAAGUUGUGGAAGUUGGAAUACCUAUUUUUCAAUCAAGUUUUUUUAGUUCCUAUUAAGAAUACAUUAUAAAUUAUAAAAAUGUAUAUUAUAAAUUAUGAAUACAUCUUUUUAGUUUAUCUGUUCCUAGUGAUUUCAAGUUAUUAUAAUAUUUAAUUAGUUCAUAUAUUUCCAUUAGAUGUUAAAAUAUGGCUAAAUAAAUUGUUAAAUAAGAA